AUGCACGCCGACCUCGCCAGGCUCCAGGCCAUCUUCGCCCAGCCGGAGUCCGUCGCCGGCCUCGAGAAGUUCACCGAGAUCGUCUACCGGCCAUCGCCGACGAUGCUCGCCACCCUCCUCACCCUCUUCGCCCAGGCCGGCCAGCAGCAGCAGCCCGCCACUGCCAGCCAGCUCCACGCCAACCCACUCUUCAUCCUCCUCCUCAUCAAGCGCAUCCUCACCUUCGCAGACCCCAUCGCACCCCACCAGCCACCCAGAAACACCCUCAGCCACCACUUCCACCAGCUCUUCCUGCCCAUCUUCACCGAACACUUGCACCAAUCUAACAGCCCUGCCAUCACUAGAAACUUCACCAUCUGUAUCGCCAAGCUGGCCUCCAGAUUACUGCCCCUCUCCUUCCAGGCUAACAGUAGCACCGGAGACCCUCUCGCCGCCCUCCUACUCCACGACCCACUCCAGCACCCCGCCCAUCUCGUCGCCGUCAGAGAUAUCGUAACCAAGCUUCAGAAAUCCAACUCCAUCAAUUCAGCCUAUCUUCUCCACCAGGUCACCCAGAAACACCUCCAGAGUCUCCUGCUCGUCUACCAGCACCUCACCACGGCCAUCCAGGACAUCUGGACCGGCAGUGCGGAUCAGAGGGUGGCUGAGGAAGAGAAGCAGCAGAAGUACGCGCGCGGCCACGCGUCGCUGCACGUGCUGCUGAAGAUCCUCAGGACCGUCGUGCCCUCGCUCGUCGAGCUCGGCCAGCAGGCCGUCUUCGCCCAAUACACGCCCGCCCUCCUGGCCGACUUCCAAGCCGCCCUGGACAUCCAGCUCGCCCAGCCUCUCCCCCUGUCCCGCGCGCUGCCCGCCUACGGAACACUCUUCCUCCUCCUCCAGCCCCAUCUCCCCCCGGAGAUCUCCGACCAGCUGCUGGCCACUUACCUCAAGAUCCUCAAGUUGGCAGCCCACUCCCUCAUCCCCGCCUCCUCCCCCGACCAUCGCCUGCUCUGCGCGCUCCAUCCGAUCCUCGUCCAGGCGCUCAAGCUGCUCAACAGCGCCGCCAAUCCCUGGAACUGCUACUGCGUCCCAGGCACGGACCCGACCUCAUCGACUAGGAGCCUCUUGGACGGGCUGGGCGCCGAGGAGGCCGCACGCUUGGUUACAAUCGUCCAGCCGUUCGUCGCGCUCGACUUGCGCGCCAUCGUUGGCGAAGGCGACGAGCCCGUGUGGCACCCUUCCUCUUCUUCUUCCUCUGAAGACGAGGACGACGACGGUAAGGUGUAUGAGGACGGAGAAGAUGGUGAGGAUGAGGAGGAGGGCGACGGGAGUGGGGAAGACACGCAGUCGUUGGAGAUGGAGAUAGAAGUCGAAGAGCUCAACACCCCCGCCGGCGGCCAAUCGAUCAACCUCCCUCUCAGCGAGGGCGACGACCAUCUCAGCUGGCCCGACCCACACACCGCACCCGCCCUGCUUGCCGAGAAAGCGCGAUCCUUAGUCUACCUGGACCAGCCUCACAGUGCACCGCCCGCCGCGACCCCCGCGUUCGGCCACCAAUGGCACCGGCUCCCUCCAUCGGACGCAUGUCGGGCGAGGAAGAAGGACCUGUUGCAGCGCGAGGCCAAGGCUUUGCUUGCCGCGCUGAAGGCCUCAAUCCCCGACGCGUGA